AUGGAGGCGCACAACCUCAAGACGGCAUCGGCAUACAUCAACAACUUGUUGUUAGCACGCGGGCUAUUGCGCGAUGGCAAAGCGAUCGAGUUCGCGCACCCCUCUCGCGGCGCGGGCGGAAAGGAACAGACAAUGGCGCAUAUCAUCAACGUUGUGCACGAUCUGAUCCUGAAGCGCGAUCGCGAUCAGGAGUAUCGCGAGUCCAUGGCAGAGACGCUGCGCACUCUUCGCUCCGAAUCAACGCGCCAGACAAUCGCCCUCGAAAAGCUUCAGACGCGCAAUGAAGACCUCGCGCGCCAAGUUUCUCUGGCGCAGUCGCAAGAACGUUCCGCCCGCGCCGCCCUCCGAACCGCCGAGUCGUCCGCCCGCAGUCUUCGGGAUGAAAUGCUGCGAUUGAAGACGACAGUCCAGCAGAUCCGCACGAGCUGCGCAAACGACGUGCGAAAGCGCGAUGUGCAGAUCCAGAAGCUCAAAGGUCACCUGACCACGCAGCAGAGGGGCAACAAGACUGGCCUGGUGGGCGCGAGCAUCACAAUCAACCCUGGGAACAUAGGCCUGGGUGGAUCAACCAGCAGCAUCCGAGAUGACGCGCCCGAUCUCGACGAUCCUGGUUACAGCCUCAAGCAGGAGACGACCGAGUUCCUCACUCAACUCAGCCAGAGUCUGAGUGACGAGAAUGACAACCUCAUCGGCCUUGUCAGGAACACACUCAUGACGUUGAAGGAGCUGCAGGGAAUGCCAGAAAGUAAUACCCGAGAGGACGCAGAGGGCCUAUCGGUCAUUGGCGAAGAGAACGAGAACACGCAGAUGAGCAUGUUCCAAGCAUUACCGACCAACUACGAAACCCUCGCAAGCGACAUGGACACUGUGUUGGACAAUCUAAAGAACCUUCUCACAAAUCCGAACUUCGUGGCCGUCGACGAGGUUGAGAUGCGCGAAGAGGAGAUACUCCGGUUGCGCGCUGGCUGGGAGAAGAUGGAGGCCCGCCUACGUGAAGCCUUCAUGUUGAUGGACUCGUGGCGAAAGCGCAUGACCAAUGGUGAUACUAUCAAUCUUGAGGAGCUGAAGAUGGGCCUAGGCUUGGGAGUAGGACUGGAGUCUGUGGACCGGGAAGACAUCUCUAUGAUCGAUGAAGAGGAAGAGGAAGAUGAGGCCAGCUCCGUUUUUGACGAGGAAACUGAAGAAGUGGACGAGCAGGCGACCCCUUCAUCUCCCGCUCCUGACCAUACCGUGGCUGAGAAGACCGGCACUACCGACAUAUUCAACUUGAAACUAGAGCCCAACAAGCCGACAGCGCUCAGGGAAACGAACGGUAACAAAUCACCCAUCAGGUCGCCACGCAAAGUCGCUUUCUCUGCGUCCAUACCGAACACACCGUCACAAUUGGAGGAUGAGAACGCAGAAACUUCCGGUCUCGAUCUCGUAGACGCCGACAGCCCUAGUGUCGCACAAGCAGCUACCAAGGGGACACGCUCGUCAGAACGUAUCUCGCGAUCAAGAGCUCAAGACGAGCCCAUACCCAGACAACUCACAGUACACGAUAAGCUAGCACAAGCGGAGGCGGCUGCUGCUGCUGCCGCAGCCGCUGAGGGUCUGCAGACUUCGACCACCAUGAACGAGAUUAGUGAAGGCGCGGCAGAAGAGGGCAAGCAAAAGAAGCGUGCAGCGCGAUCACCAACGAAGACAAAGAUACAGGGACGGCCAAAGAGGAGAAAGAGCACGCUCACACCAGAAGAGUUGGAGAAUCUGCUGGGCUGCUAG